UGUUGCACGCCCUGCAUGAUUUUGUUUGUUCUCUAGCUCUGUCUUCUUCGUUGAAGUUUCCGAAUCUUUCAUAUUGCUGGACCUGUUGUGUUCAUCUAUAUGGUCGGAAAUUGGAAUCCGAGAGCAUGUCUGAAUUAACGGCAGCGGAAGCGCAGAAGCUGAAGGUCGUAGACCUGAAAGCCGAGCUGCAGAAAAGGUCCCUGGACACGAAAGGCAAGAAAAGCGAACUUUUGGAUCGUCUCCUCGAGGCUCUGGGUGAACAACCUGACCAGAGUGUGCUUGAUGGAGAAUCUCAAGGAGAAGAUGAUGUGGACGCAUCAGCGGAUCAAGAAUCCGAGCCUGCUCCUCAAGCAGACGAUGACGAGACUGUAGCACCCGUAAAUGGAGAACCAGUGGCAAGUGAGUCAGCUGAAAACGUGGAUGAGCCUAUGCAGGAUGAUGAAAGCACUGAGCAGACACAGCAAGUGCAGGAAAGUGAAGUGCAAGAAGACGCUCCGGUGGACAGCGGCAAAGCCUCGGAGGAGGCCGAGAAAGACGCUGGAGAGGAGUCCAUGCAAGUGUUGGAUGAGGCUGUUGCCGAUGAACGUGAUAUGUUGGAAGUGCCCACACAACCGGAGGACCGGGAUCCCAAUUCUGUAGUCCUGGAUUGUUACAAUUCCGACCUUCAUUUCCGACUGGAGGUAGAUGGCUUAACAGGAAGUACGCAAGUUGCAGGUGGUCUGUACAGGCUUUGGGGCGGUGCUAGGGCCAACUGGGCACCGAAGAGUGGCAAAGUGUUUUUCCAUGUCACGAUUGAAGAAGGAGCGACGCUCGAGGAGGAAAUGGACGAGCCCUGGGGCGUUCGUGUCGGUUUUUCCCAGGCUACUUGCCACUAUGGCUUGGGUGACGAGGCUGCCUCUUUUGGCUUUGCAUCCGCGGGUAAUGCAGUAAGCGACUCGGAAGUACGAUCCUAUGGCUGCUCGUACGGUAUAGGAGACUCAGUGACCUGUUGUCUAGACCUAGAGAGUGAGGAAAGAACAAUCUCAUUCCUUGUGAACGGAGAGGCGCAAGGGGUAGCGUUCACGUUGCCAGAAAGCAUUGAGACCGGCACCGCGCUCUUCCCGCACAUCGAGGUAAAGAACUUGAAGGUUGUGGCCGAUUUCGAUGGUGAAAAUGCCCGCUUCCCUGCCCCGGAAGGCUUUGUUAGUAUUGGCAGUCUGGAUGAGGAUGCUAAGUGUGGCGGCAUCAAGCCACUGGACAAGGUAGAAGAUGCAUCUGCUGUGAUGCUGAUUGGCUUGCCAGCGUCUGGCAAGACUACCUGGGCCAAGAAACACGUAGUCGAGAACGCCGAAAAGAGGUUCAACCUGAUUGGCAUUGAUCACGUCAUGGAGCGUAUGCGCAUCGCUAUGGAUGCUGCCCAGCCGCACAAGCACUGGCAGACACAUACGCAGACUGCGCUCGACGUCCAGAACAAGUUGGUACAGCUCGCUGAGAAGCGUCGCCGAAACUACAUCCUGGACCAGACCAAUGUGUAUAACUCGGUGCAGCGUCGCCGCAUGCAACCGUUCGCCGAGUAUGGCCACCGUGAGGCUGUUGUCAUCUUCCCUGCCAGCACGGCGCUGGCCGAGCGCACGCUACAACGCGAGCGUGAAACCGGAAAGAUCGUCCCUAUUGAAGCCAUCGUCCGUAUGAUCACCAACUUUGUUCUUCCGCAGAAGGGACGUACUUUCACCACUGUGACAUAUGUUGAGUGUGAUGCUGAUAAAUCCAAGCAGCUGCUCCAAGAGAUGCAGUCCGAUGCGCAAAGUUCGUCUCGCAGUGGUCCAAGUGCCAAGCGGCCAAGGUACUCUGGAAGCAGUGGCAGCACAGGCGGCUACAACCGAGGCUAUGACAAUGAUUACCGUGACCGGCGUGGAUCUGGCCGUGACUCGCGUGACUUCCGCAACACCAGCAGUCGCCGUGACUAUGGAAGCAGCAGCUAUGGUGGUGGUGAUCGCUACGGCGACCGAUCUCGCGGCAGUGGUUACUAUGGUGCUAGUGGCAGCAGUAGCUACACAGACCGCUACUCCUCCCCAGGGUACAGUCGAGCUCCACCCAGCUAUGACCGCCGACCACCACCUCCUGCUCCCCCUCGCUACGAAUCCUCGUCUUAUAGUCGUCGUGAUACCUAUGGCAGUAGCAGCGGUGGUAGCAGCUAUGGCGGCAGCAGCAGCGGUAGUAGUGGCUACAGAGGUGGUGCUAGUAGUUAUCGGGGAGGCAGUUCGGGCACUAGCAGUGGUGGCUCUGCUUACAACAGUAGACCCAGUUACGGUAGUGGUCAAAGCAGUUACUCGGGUGGCUCUAGCUACUCCGGCGGAGGUGCUUCUAGCUAUGGUGGCGGCGGCAGCAGCUCCGGAUCAAGCUACCAACCGCAGCGCUAUGACUACAGUUCAACAAGCAGCAGUUAUGGUGGCGGCGGCGGCAGUUCUCGUGCUGCUUCAACUUACGGCUCCUCGGCUACCUAUGGUGGCCGCAGCAGUUCCUCAACUGGCUAUGGUGGCUCCUCUGCUUCAUACGGUGGAUCCUCAGGUGGUGGGUAUGGCGGUAGCUCUUCCACUGGUUCUAGCUACGGUGCUGGCUCGGCUAGCGGCUAUGGUGCCUCUACUGGCAGUAGCUAUGGCAGCUCCUCCGCUUCCUCGUAUGGUGCCUCCUCUGGCUCAGGCGGGGCAAGUUAUGGCAGUUCCUCGGGUGGAAGCUACGGCGGCGCCAGCAGCAGCUACGGUUCCUCGAGUGGGUACGGCAGCAGUGGCUCUUACGGUCGUGGUGGUGGUGCGUCGAGUGGCGCUGCUGCUGCCUCCUCCUAUGGUGGCCAGCAGGCAAGCCGUGGCUAUGCCGGUGGCUCCGCUGGCGGACAGCACCAGCAGUCCUCGUACGGUGGUGGCCAGUCCUCUUACAAGGCACCUGGUGGUUAUGGCGGUCAGCAGCAGCAGCAGCACUAUGGCGGUGGCUAUCGCUAAUUGCUGAGCACGCCUACGACCCAGAAUAACACAGACUUCUUUAUAUUCCUUUCAUCACUGUCAACAGUUUAGAUCUUUUGAUCCUUUCAUCCUUUCAGCUUUCACCCUGUCCGGUAUGUCCUGCUGUGGUACCUCUCCCGUUUCCCGUGGAUGCUACUGCGCCAUUGUUGUAGGUCAGUUUGGGGAAUACCAACGCCUGUUCCAUUUUCAGUUUUGCUGUCGUCUUGCUGUACAGAUUUUGCUCGUUUUGUCUGCUUUGUUUUGUUUAUUGGUGCCGCUGUGUCCUUGUGUUCUAUCACUACUUCUUUGUAACAGCUGCCAGUGUUUAUAGGAUCGUGCUCAGCUGAGGUGCUUGACAGUGUGGUCUGCUACGUUAUUGUCCAUUGCUUCUGCCAGUUUCAUUUGCGCCCUACCGGAUAAGUUCUUGCACGGCUGGCUUUCUAUUGAAAAAAAUACCGUUUGUUGAUGCUA